GGGAAGCCGCGUUGCCCGGGACCGGCUGCCCCGCAGAGGCAGAGCGGGGUGGCGAGCGCGGUCCGCGCCCCGCCCGGCAGCGCAGCCCCUCGGCUGCACCGCCCACGGCUCCGUUUCACCCCCUCCGGCUGGCGGGGGCCGGGGCUGAGCCGCCCCCACGAAGCGCCAUGUAAGCGGGACCCGCGCUGCCGCCUCAGCCGGCACAUCCAGGAUGUGAGGAGCCGCCCGCAGCCCGCCCCCCCCGCCCCCCGCCCACGGGCCGGGGACCCACCGGAGUCCAGCCCUGCCCCGGGCCAGCAUGACCGAGGUGAAGGCCAAGGAGCCCAGAGCGCCGCCGCCUGCCAGAGACGGGGCGGUCCUGCUGCAGGGCCAGCCCGGCCGAGACCCCUUCCGCAGGGAAGCGGAGGCCGUCGACAUCUCCCUGGACGGGCUGCUCUUCCCCAGGAGCAGCGACGAGGAGGAGGAGGACGAGGAGGAAGAAGAGGAGGACGAAGAGCCGCGGCAGCAGCAACAGCAGCCGCCGGGGGAGGAGGAGGACCGGAGCGCCCUCCCGUACCGGCCGGGGAGCGGCUCCCUCUCGGUCAAGGACCCCCUGGACACCGUCCUGGACACGCUCCUGGCGCCCGCGGCUCAUGCCAGCUCCGCCGUGGCCGCCGCGCCCUGGUCCUUCUUCGGGGCGGAGGCCGCGGAGGCGCCCGGCGCCCCGAUGAGCCGCGGCCCCUCGCAGAAGGCGGGCGAAGCCGCCCCGGGGGCGCCCGGCCCUUCGCAGCCCCCGCCGCGGCCCUCCCCGCUCUGGCCGGCCAGCGACGUCCUGACCGCCGCCCCGAAGCCGCGGCCAGUGGGCGCGGGGGGCGGCGCGGAGGGUCCCGCCGCGGCCCCCAAGGGCGAGGCCCCCGGGCUGGCGCCGCUGCCCGGCGGGGGCCGGCCGGGGGCGCCGGGGCAGGAGUACCUGCACGUCCCGCUGCUGCCGCUCAACUCGGCCUACCUGGCCUCGCGCACGCGGCAGCUGCUGGACGUGGCGGAGUACGAAGGGGGCGGCGGCGGCGCGGCGCCGCGCUCCUCGCCCCCCGCCCCGGACCUGGCGGGCUACGUCUGCCCGCCGGCGGACGGCAAGGAGGGGCACUUCGCCUACGGCGACCUCCAGCCCGCUCUGAAGAUCAAGGAGGAGGGUCUCGGCCUCCCCACCCCUUACCCGGGCAGCAGGGCCACCCCCGCGGCGGGCUGCGCCGACUACCCGCAGCCCCUGCGGGCCGGGCAGGAGCCCGCGCUGGAGUGCGUCCUCUACAAGACGGAGCCCGCCCUUCUGGCCGGAGCCUACGGGCCGGCGCCCGACAGCUUGCCUUCCACCUCGGCCGCGCCGCCGGGCCUCUACCCGCCCCUGCCUCUCAACGGGCACCAGCCCCUGGGCUUCCCGGCGGCGGUGCUGAAGGAGGGCUUGCCGCAGCUGUGCCCGCCCUACCUCGGCUACGCUCGGCCAGAUACAGAAACCAGCCAAAGUUCUCAGUAUGGUUUUGAAUCACUACCCCAGAAGAUCUGUCUCAUCUGUGGUGAUGAGGCUUCUGGUUGCCACUAUGGAGUACUUACCUGUGGAAGCUGUAAAGUCUUCUUUAAAAGGGCAAUGGAAGGGCAGCACAACUAUUUAUGUGCUGGAAGAAAUGACUGCAUAGUUGAUAAAAUUCGUAGGAAGAACUGUCCAGCAUGUCGCUUGAGGAAGUGCUGUCAAGCUGGUAUGGUCCUGGGAGGUCGAAAAUUUAAAAAGUUUAACAAAAUUAAGGUUGUGAGAACAUUAGAUGUUGCACUCCAGCAGCCAACAACCCUUCAAGAUGAAAGCCAGUCUCUAACCCAAAGGCUGUCCUUUUCUCCAAAUCAAGAAAUACAGUUUAUUCCCCCAAUGAUAAGUGUUCUACGAGGUAUUGAGCCAGAAGUUGUCUAUGCUGGUUAUGACAAUACAAAACCUGAAACACCAAGUUCCUUGCUGACCAGUCUAAAUCAACUUUGUGAGAGGCAACUUCUUUGUGUAGUCAAGUGGUCUAAAUUGCUACCAGGAUUUCGGAAUUUACAUAUUGAUGAUCAGAUAACCCUCAUCCAGUAUUCCUGGAUGAGUCUGAUGGUUUUUGCAAUGGGAUGGAGAUCAUACAAACACGUCAGUGGUCAGAUGUUAUAUUUUGCACCAGAUCUGAUUCUAAAUGAACAGAGGAUGAAAGAAUCAUCGUUCUAUUCCCUGUGUCUGUCCAUGUGGCAACUCCCACAGGAAUUUGUCAGACUUCAAGUUAGCCAAGAAGAGUUCCUAUGUAUGAAAGCGCUGUUACUUCUCAACACAAUUCCUUUGGAAGGCCUAAGAAGUCAAGGCCAAUUUGAUGAGAUGAGAACGAGUUACAUUAGAGAACUGGUGAAGGCAAUCGGUUUGCGCCAGAAAGGUGUUGUGGCAAACUCACAACGUUUCUAUCAACUUACAAAACUGAUGGAUUCCAUGCAUGAUCUAGUGAAACAGCUCCAUCUCUUCUGUCUGAACACAUUUCUCCAGUCCCGUGUACUGAGUGUUGAAUUCCCCGAGAUGAUGUCAGAGGUGAUUGCUGCCCAGCUACCCAAGAUUCUGGCAGGGAUGGUGAAACCUCUUCUCUUUCACAAAAAGUGAAAGUCUUUUCUCUUAUCAUAGAGAUGAUUUCUGGGUUAUUUUUUCGUUUGUUUAUUUUGGUCAAGAUUUUGCAAUGUUGGGACUUCAGUAUAUUUGUCAUACUUACCCUGCCUACUGCUUUAUACUUGUAACAUACACAAGCCAUUUAAGCUUGAUGUACAUAUUGUGAGUUCCCGAUUCCUUAACUGCAAAAAUCACAACAGUCAUAAGAAAUGUUUUGUAAACUUGGCUAGGUUGCUUUUUUAGAUAUGCAUAAGAAUGACAAUGAAUAGAGUUUUCAGAUUUCUAAGAACAGUUAUCUUAUACAUUUUUCUUACAUAUUACACACGCUCAAAUUUCUGAUAUGACAUGGUGUAAACUUUUUACUUUAGUACAUUGUGUGCAUGGAUACAUAUGGGCAUGUGCGUAAUACAAGAUUUUGGAGGAAUUGAAAUAAAUAUUUCCCACAUUUUCUCACGGAUAUUUCACUCUUUAUUAACUAAUCUGCCUCACAGAAAUAUCCUUUCAAAGUCAGCUGUCCAGGAUUAAGCAGAUGUCACUGCACUACCUUCAUGGGUAACUGAAGUGCUAGCCACCAAAUAAACAUUCAUAUUCUUGUCUGUGCUCGUGCUGCUCGCCUUCAAAAAUUAGAAAGCUUAGGAAAAUUUCAGCAUAUAUUACACCAGAAGAAAUGUGUAUGCAAACCUACUUGGUUUUGGUUUGUGUUAUUUUCCUUAAAAGUUCAGCACUUACUAAAGGUAAAUCACUUAGCUAUAAUCUUAAAUACAUCAGCUGUAGAUUUCUGUAUUUCAGAAGCUUUAAAUAGAGAUGUUUUCACUGACUACAACCCUUAAUCUUGAUGUUUUGAAUUCCAAUGCUGAAUACUCAAACAGCCAUUGACAUCAAAUUAUAGCGAGAUUAGAUGCAGAAAGAAAUGGAAAAUAUGACUACAAACAUUUUGAUACACAUCAGACCCAGUUCAGUACUAUUUAGUGGAGCUACGUAUUUUAUAUUUUAAAGGCAUGCCAUUAUAACUGGGGUAAUUGCAAAAGAGGAAAUGGACUAAAUUAGCUUUAUAGAUUGAAGAAGAAUGUCAUGUUUUACCAUGGAAAUGAAAUAUUUGACUGAAAAAUUAUAGCGUGGUGGUGUUUGUUCCUUUGAUACGGAUUUGAAGCAAUUCAUGCAUUUAAGGCAGUAAGUUGUUGAUCUAUUCAAACAGCAGAGAAUCGGAUAACGCCCAAGAAGAAUUUAUGAGUCUGUUAAAAUACAACAAAUUUUGCCAGUCACUAAAAAUGAUACUAAAAAUCUCUAUAAUGUAGGAAAUGGUGAGUCUUACUUGGGGACUUGCUGGCCACACGCUUUUGCUCUUCCCCGUUACAAGUUGCAUGCACCCAUCAUGCGACAGCGUACCAUUGAUGGUGUGCAAGUUUGUAUCCGUGUCACAUGAACAAGGACUCACUGUACAGAAGUUCAGUAUCCCCAAUUAAAUCAGGGUGCCCCUCAUUAAAAGUAUAAAUGAUGUCACUCGUUCAUAAAAAUUACAUCCCAAUUCUUGAAAAGGAUGCGGACAACUAGCAACUAAAGGUAGACCUAAAGGUAUCCUUAUUAUUGACAAUUUCCUAAAGCCAAUCAAGAAGAAGCUACAUUACGACUGGGGGAAAAAAAAAAACGUUUUUACCAUUCCCACGGAGUAGUACAAAGCCCACUAGAGUUGGUGCAAAGAUGCAGCCCUGGGUGAAAUGGUAUAAGCAGACCUGUGUGUUAUUUGACAGGGUUCGUCAUUUCAAACUGCCCAGAGACAAGCAAGUCCUUUCAUAUCCAAUACAGUCUGACUUUGAACUGUGAUCCUUAAUGCAAGUAUGUUUUAAUAAAUAACACAAAAUUCUUUAUUUCUACAUA